AGUUCCUGCUUUGUGACUGUGUGGAAGGGUGGAUCCCUUGGGUUGCUUGGGAGUGUCUUUAAGAAGGAAUGAAGUUUAAGUGAGGAUGUGAACCUAAACCUCUAAAAACACAGAUUGUUUAUGAUACUCUGUAGAUCUUUUGUACUAAUUUGAGCGCCACUGUGGCUGGGGUGCUAGAGAGAUGCUUAACUAUCUUAACUUUAUUUAGUGUAUCAGAUCACUAAUAUUCCAGCAAGCCCUUGUACACAGGGGUAUAACUCUGUUUUAAAAACUGGGGAUGCAAGUAGCUCCCUGUUUUGUGCAGGUUGGACUAAUUCUUCAUAGGUCUGAAAAACAUGUUUUAUUACAGCUGAAACAGCUUGAAAAUGAGUGUCUGUAGAGCUUAUUGGAACUUCUGUGGUUUGUCAAAAGUCUUUGUAGAACACCUGAGUUACUGGUGGAGCCAGAGUGCUCCCGAGGCAUUUAAAGACCUCUACAGUUCAUGAAUGGUGCUGCUGUUAGUGGUUAGAAUUUACUGGCUUGCAGAGAUAAAAUAAUUAAACAAAAUAAAGUUUCUAAUAGAUAAUUAUGUACACUGUGACUUAAAUUAUGUAAGGCAUGGAGUCUGCUAAGCUGUUGGGGACCUGAACUCCAGCAUCUGCUCUUUGAUUGUUUGCACAUGAAAGUCAGUUUGUGACAAUAAUGUGCUGCCCUUUCUUGCUCACAGAUUUCAGGCUCCCCAGGGAUGCAGUCACAGCCAAAGCCUGUCAGAGUUUCAGGAGCAGCUGAAUGAUGCUCUAAGUCACAUAGUUUAGUUUUAGGUGGUCCUAUGAGGAGCAGGGAGCUGAACUCCAUGAUUCUUAUAGGUGCCUUCCAACCUGAGGAAUUCCUUAAUCCUGUGUCACAAAGUUGACUUAAUUAUGCAGCUCUGCAGGGGUUGGGUUCCUUGGGACUGCAGAGAGAAACUCAGAAGUUGUUGGCAGUGGCAGCAAAUGAGAACCUGUGUGGUGGUGAGUCAGUGGAAGAUGCAGCUCCAAGCCUGGACAAGCAAUGGUUCAUGGAGGGUCUGUGGAAGAUGACCACUCUCACACGGCAGGACCUUAACUUUGGGCAAGUUGUUGCAGAUGUUCUUUCAGAAUUCCUGGAAGUGGCUGUUCACCUCAUCUUGUAUGUCAGAGAAGUUUACCCUAUUGGGAUCUUUCAGAAGAGGAAAAAAUACAAUGUACCUGUCCAGAUGUCCUGCCACCCAGAGCUGAACCAGUACAUCCAGGACACGCUGCACUGUGUGAAGCCUCUGCUGGAGAAGAACGAUGUGGAGAAAGUCGUGGUUGUAAUUCUGGAUAAAGAGCACCACCCCGUGGAGAGAUUUGUCUUUGAGAUCACACAGCCACCUCUUCUUUCCAUUAGUUCUGAGUCCCUGCUGUCCCACGUGGAGCAGUUACUGCGUGCCUUCAUCCUGAAAAUCAGCGUGUGUGAUGCUGUGCUGGACAACAACCCCCCAGGUUGCACCUUCACAGUUCUGGUUCACACACGGGAGGCUGCCACACGCAACAUGGAAAAGAUCCAGGUGAUAAAGGAUUUCCCUUGGAUCCUCGCUGAUGAGCAAGACGUGCACAUGCACGACCCCCGGCUCAUUCCCCUGAAAACCAUGACAUCUGACAUCUUAAAGAUGCAGCUCUAUGUAGAAGAGCGAGCUCACAAAGGCACCUGAUUUCAAAUCUUCCUUGCCUUCAAGCUUCAUCUGAUCUUCCAGUGGAGUGAGAUCUGUCACAAACUGUAUCUUGAUAACCAUCUCUUCAGCUGGCCUUCUGGGUGAAUGUAGAGCAGCUGCUGCCUCUUUAUUUCAAGUGCUCUUACCACUGUAUAAAGAACUGACUUGGAAUGGGGAGCCAGAGCCUGUUCCCAUCUUGUGUGAGAGUACAGGUGUUGAUACAGUGCAUCCUUGGGGAGUCAGUGCUUUAUUACCAGUCCAGUUCUCACCUGAAAAGGGCAGCUCCAGUGCACACAGGCAGUGAUAGACAGCUAGGAGCUGUCACACAAUCCAUGAGAGCAACACUUGUGCUAAGGGGGAGUGAGGCCUUAUGUAGUGUCUGUCCACUGUGACCAUCCCAAGCAGUCUUCAAUAAAUACCAAGUUUUACCCCA